AUGCCCAGAUCAACAACAAAAACCCGGCUUCUCCUCCUCUCAGACACUCACACCACACCCCCUGCACCUCCCCACGGCCCCAAUGCCUCCAACACACCCUACAGGCAGCCGCUCCCUUCAGCCCAGAUCCUGCUUCACGCCGGCGACAUCACCAAAGUCGGCCUCGCCUCCGAACACAAGUCCAUGCUCGAGCUCCUAAAAUCGCACCCCGCCGAGCUGAAAAUCGUCAUCGCCGGUAACCACGACAUCACACUCGAUGAGGGCUACUACAACCGGGUAGGAUGGCUGCGACACCGCUACCGCGAACCAAACGGGAGAGACCAUUUGGCUGCAUUGCCUUCAGCGGCUACCGGUACUACAUCAGGACCCUCCGGGUCGGGAUUGGCGUCACUAGAAUCCCCCGCACAGAUAAAAGCCCUCUACACAAGCCCCGAAGUCACAGCCGCGGGGAUAGUCUACAUGGAAGAGGAAAUCCGCACGUUCGUCCUUCCCUCCACGGGGGCAAGAUUCACCGUCUAUGCGUCUCCCUACACGCCUGAGUUCUGCGCGUGGGCGUUUGCGUACCCCCGGAGCGAAGACCGGUUUAACUACGGGCAGGGCGCGAAAACGCCUGUUCCGGAUUACCCCGGGGCGGAUAUCUUGAUAACGCACGGUCCGCCGUAUGGGAUUCUGGACCAGGUUGUUGGGGGUGGACAGAGUGUAGGGUGUGAGCAUCUGUUUCGUGCUGUGAGGAGGGCGAGACCGGCGGUGCAUGUGUUUGGACAUAUCCAUGAGGGGUAUGGGGCGCGAAGGGUUGAGUGGGAGGGAUCAGGCUCGGAUUUGGUAUCUGGGGGCCCUGCGGGUUGGGAUGGGACUGGAAUCAAGAGGGUAGAGGAGGUGUCUUGGGACCGGGAAGAUGUGAUGGAGGAGCGGGGUGCGCAUGUGGAUCUUAGUUCUGGAUCUGGUAGACCAUUGCGACGUGGGGAGGAGACGUUGUUUGUUAAUGCGAGUGUUGUAACGGUUAAUUAUAAGGGGCUUAAUGCGCCUUGGGUGGUUGAUUUGGAUUUGGAGGUUGAUGUGAUGAGCAAGUGA